GAGAGAGAGAGAGAGAGAGAGAGAGAGAGAGAGGCAUAAUUCAUUCACAGCAAAAAUCUAUCCUACUGAGAAAGUAACGAUCCAACUCUCUGACUCUUCUUUCUCUGUCUCUUGAGCUCUAAAACCAUUUGUCUCUUCACUGUCUUUACCCAACAACCUCCAUUUCCUUGAGCUUCAAGACUUGAAUCAUGACUCCAACUGAACCAGACAUGACCCAUUAGACCACUCAAUUACCAGAAAGACAGCGACAUAAAGCGCCAUCAACGGGGGAAGAAAAGGUAUCCGACAUAAAACGGAUAGAAUGGAACCGACCGCAAGAAGUGGAGUUAGGGCAGGUUCUGUCUGGGAGAGCAGAAUGCAGAGCGACGAUGUCAAAAAAGGCAUUUUCAGAGCGUUCGAUGUCGAAAACGACGAGCACAAUGAUGGCGAAGGUGAUGAGAACGAGAAGAAGAGCGAAAAGGCGUCUCCUUCGCCGGAGGACGGUGGAGCGGCCGUCGCUGGAAAGAGAGGGACUUGGAAUUCCGGCCAGGAGAAGAGACAGGUACAGAUUGGUGGAAGCAGAUCCGACCAAUGCGAGGAUCAGUUCCGGAGAAUCCCUCUGAAGAUCACGAGACCCAGAUCCAAUAUUCAGCUUCAGACAAAGAAGAGUCCAGUUCAGACAGUUAAGGCGAGAUCCGAGCCUGUCACUCCGGCGAGGAGAUCCAAGUCUGGGCUUAGUGGGGUAAAGGAGAAGUCUUCGCCUGUGUCGGUGAAGAAGGCGAGAUCGGAAUCCAUGGAGGGAGUCGUGAAGAGCCCUGGUCGGAUCAGGAAGUCCCGAUCUGAAUUGUACAAUGGCGUCGUCAGAUCCGACGAAUUUGAAUCAGAUCCUCCGAGAAAAGCGAAAUCCAGCUCGGCUGAGGACUUUGAAGAUUUGAAGCAGCAACCAGAGCCUGGAGAAGACGACAAAGGCGAACUUGAUGAAGACAAGCCGCAGAACCCAGAUCAUAAACCGAAAGAAUUUGGUGUUUCUCGAGAGAAAAUCAUCUCGACAAAGAAUUCGAACACCGAUGAAGGGAUUGACAAUGACAAUGAAGACAAAGGGGACGAAGAAGAAGAAGAAAAGGAAGAGGAGGAAGAAGCAUAUGAAGAAGAGAUAGAAAUGGAGAAGAAGAGCGUGCGUUUUGAUUUCAAUCAGUCUCACGACAGAACAAGUUCGCGUCCUUCCGCUGUCGGAAAAGUUUCGCCACCGGCGGCCAAAAGAGCCACGUCCGGUUACACAGUUCCGACUGAAGAACAGAGCUUCUGUCGGUCACAGAGCAAACUGCAGAGCCUGGUGGAUCUGGUGAUGUGGAGAGAGGCAUCAAGGACGUCACUUGUGUUCGGGACCGGGACAUUCCUCAUCGUCUCUUCCUCUUACGCCAAUGACCUCAACUUCAGCUUAAUAUCGGUGGCAGCCUACGUGGGACUCGUCUACCUGGCCGCAAACUUCGUAUUCAGAUCAAUUCUCCACAGGGGAGAGGGGGAGAGAGAGGGAGAUGGAGAGAUUUUGAGGGAAGAGGAGAUAGUGAGGAUGGUGAGAGCAAUAAUGCCUUACCUCAACGAGCUCCUCCUCACUCUCAGAGCUUUUUUCUCCGGCGAUCCCUCCACCACCAUCAAGAUGGGAGUGGUGCUGUACGUUCUGGCCAGGUGCGGCUCCUCUAUUACCAUUUGGAAGAUGACUAAAUUGGGCUUUUUUAUAAUAUUUACAGUCCCUAAAAUCUUCACCUCGUAUUCAGCAUGCCUGACGGCUUACGCUCAAUUCUGGGUGAGGAGAUUCAGGGACGCGUGGGAGUCAUGCACCCACAAAAAGGCCGUGGCUUUGGCCAUCUUCACCCUUGUCUGGAAUCUUUCUUCAGUGGUCGCUCGCGUUUGGGCCGUGUUCAUACUAUACGUGGCGUUGAGAUAUUACCAGCAAACGAUAAUGGUGAAGGGUGGAUGGAGAGGGGAAGAAGAAGAAGAUGGCGAGGAGAAACCAGAAGAAGAAGAGGGGGGGCAGCCUCAAGUCAAAAGGGCGUCAACGGUCGUACGGAAACAAAUCCCAACUGUCUCUCCUUCUAAUCGCAUUUUUAUACCCAAUAAACUCAAGAAAUUAUCUUAGUAUAUGCGCCCAUACAUACAUUCAUUAUAUUGCAGUUUUUUUUGGUUAAUAAUAAAUUAGUUUUUUUUUUUGUGUGUGUAAUAAUAUCCUUGUAUUGUAUAGUAAAUCUCUAGCCAUCCCGUCAAAGAUGUUUGGGGUUUGUCUUUAGUAAUAGUCCGCUUUUUCGGGUCGGGUAUUUGUAAACCGGAUCUAUCCAAAUUAAUAUGUAACUUUAUUCUGUAA